AUGGCCAGAAAGAAAGGAAGCGGAAAAAAGAAGAACAGUGGUGAAAAGAAGAAAAACCCUAUUGACUUUUCUUCGGAUGAUCUAAGUGAUGAAUAUGACAGAGACUACAGACCGCCUCCUCAGAAGGCUUUCAAUAGGAAGAAAGAUAAAGGAAAACAACCGACUAAUCGUGGAGCUUCAAUAAAAGGCAAAGGCAUGAAGCGUAAAUAUGAAGAGGACGAAGAAGCAGGUUACAAAUCUUCCAAGACAGCACGUAAAUAUCAAGAAGGAAAGAGAUUGGAUGAAGAAGAGGAUUAUAUUCCCUUGGACGGACCUAGUACCUCAACUGCUUUGUCCACCACUACAAAUCAAGAAGUUAAAAAUCUCGAAGAACCGAAGCUGUUCGUAUUCUUCUGCUAUCCUUGGAUGGCCUCUCUACUGGAUGAACCUACCCGCAACAAACUAUUCGGUAGAGACUGCAGUUUGCAUGCUGCAGAUUGGUUUCAUGAAGAAGUCAAAUCCUUAGUUCAAUAUCUUACACCGACACCCGUCGAAAUCAAAUUAAGAGAAUACUUGGUACACAGAGUCAAAAUUGCAUUACAAAGACGAUGGAACACAGCGCGCAUAUCAGUAUUUGGAAGCUUUUCCACUGGUAUGUACUUACCAAACAGUGAUAUCGAUUUGGUUGUUCAAUUCGACCCUGAGGUUGGUGCUGUAAAGCAGUGGGCAGUAGCAGAUGCAUUGAAAAAGGCGAAAAUUUGCUCUCACACAGAAGUUAUUUCAAGAGCAAAAGUGCCAGUGAUAAAGCUUAGGGAUCUAAUGACAGAUAUAAAAGUUGAUAUAGUCAUUAACGCACCUUCCGGAUUAGAAAGUUCACGCAAAAUUAUAGCAAUGCUAAGAAGCCAGCCUGCAUUAAAACCUCUCUCCUUGAUAAUUAAACACUAUCUAGCUUUACGUCAAUUGAACGAAGUAUUCACUGGCGGUUUAGGUGGUUAUGCUAUCAUCUGCUUGGUCUAUAGCUUUUUACAAAGGCAUCCUUUGGUUGGUUCUGGUGCCAUUGAUCCUAUGGAAAAUCUGAGUGUUUUACUGAUUCAGUUUUUCGAACUGUAUGGCUCGAAAUUUAACUUAGACAAAGUUGGCAUUGAUGUUCGUAGAGAAGGAUCUUAUUUUGAGAGGUAUAACAAUCAGUCGCAUUCCUAUUUUGCUAUCCGCGAUCCCAACGACAUUGAUAACGAUCUUGGUAUUAAGUCACAUAAAACGGAAAAAGUUGUUGAAGCCUUCCAGUUUGCUUUUACCGCACUUACAAGCAAGAUGUUUGCUUUUGAGGAGGAACUGUCGCGGAAUAACUACAGACAGUUGAAGGAGAGAACCUUAAGUAAUCCGAUGGAUGCAUCAAUUUUAAGUAGGAUUCUGUGUAUUCCACCGGACUUCCUCAAACAUCGCGAUUUAUCGAAGGAAGUUUAUGACCAAAAGCGUUGGAAGGGACAAAAGGAAGCCGAAAGUUUUGAUUUCGAUGCAUGA